CUCCCUCUCUCUCUCUCAUCCCCUCCCUCCAAAUCCCUCCGCCUCUCCCCUUUCAAAUUAUCAAACUUGAUUUUUCAUGAUCCCUAGUUGAAUUGAAGAAGCAGGGCUCGUGUUGCAUGCAAUUGACCAACAAGACUGAUCAAUAUGUGGCCUUCAAGGUUAAGACCACCAAUCCUAAGAAAUAUUGUGUACGACCUAAUGCGGGAAUUGUUCUCCCUGGGUCAACAUGCAAUGUCACUGUUACAAUGCAAGCUCAAAAGGAGUCUCCACUGGACAUGCGAUGUAAAGACAAAUUCGUCCUUCAAAGUGUUGUGGCUGAGCAUGGUGCGAUGUCGAAGGACAUAACCCCUAAAAUGAUAUGGUCAUGUGACCUCUAAUGUCGCAGAAUCCUUUAACAGCUAGAUACAUGAAGCUUGAUUGUUACGUGUACUACAAAUGGUGGAGCAUAUUCAAAAAUAAAAUAUGGUUUGCAUGAACAACAGACACAUAAUGGCUGAUAAGUGGAGUGGUUAUCUUUGUCCAAAGCUGAGUAGAUUGUUAGGGAAAAUAUGGAAACAUGAUAUACUUUAGAGAUUAAGCAAUCUAGAGAUGAUAUAUUCGAAGUGCAAUCACAUAAAACUACUCACGUUGAUUUGGAGAAGAUAAUAUGUACUUGCUGA